AUGAGUUCUCAAGCAAAUCAUAAAUUAUGCAUGGUUCCCGGUCCUGUGGAGUUUCAUGAAGAUGUACUAUCAUCAAUGUCUACGCUCGCAACUUCUCAUGUUUCAGCUUCAUUUAUUCCUAUAUUUGGUGAAGCCAUUGAACUUUUACGCAAGGUAUUUUGUACGGAAAGAGCUCAACCUUUUGUUGUUUCUGGUUCCGGAACUCUUGGAUGGGAUAUGGUUGCUUCAAAUUUAAUAGAACCAGGCGAAGAUGUAUUAGUCUUAAAUACUGGUUACUUUGGCGAUUCAUUUACAGUUUGCCUUGGAACUUAUGACGCAAAAGUUACGCAAGUCAAAGCAGAUAUCGGUGAUCGUCCCUCUAUAGAAGAAAUUCAUCAAGCACUAACCCAAAAAAAAUUCAAAGCUAUUACAAUUACUCAUGUGGAUACAUCUACUGGUGUGCUUUCAGACGUAAAAGCAAUAGCGGAAUUGGUUAAAAGGGUUUCUCCUGAAACUUUGGUAAUUGUUGAUGGUGUAUGUUCCGUUGGAUCAGAAGAAAUUCGUAUGGAUGAAUGGAACAUUGAUGUUGUUUUAACUGCAAGUCAAAAGGCUCUUGGCGUUCCUCCAGGAUUAUGUAUUUUGGUUGCAAGCGAAAGAGCUAUGAAUGUAUUCCAUAACCGCAAAACUCGAAUUAAUAGUUAUUAUGCGUCAUGGAGUAACUGGCUACCAAUUAUGAAUGCUUAUGAAAGUAGGAAAGCAAUGUAUUUUGCCACUCCACCGGUUCAAUUAAUAAUGGCACUUCAUACAAGUCUCAAACAAAUCACUUCAAGACCACUUGAGCAACGUUUCCAGCAACACAGAGAAGUCAGCAACCGUAUCAAAGAUUCUCUUGAGAAAUUGGGAUUAAAAUUUGUUCCAAAAAAUAGAGAACUUUCUGCUAACGGAAUGACAGCCGUCUACUAUCCUGAAGGUGUCAAAGCAACUGAUCUUAUUCCCAAGGUUGCAGCACAUGGUGUUGUAAUUGCAGGUGGAUUACAUAAAGUAAUUGGUCCUAAAUACUUUAGAAUUGGUCAUAUGGGUAUUAGCGUAACAGAACCUGAGAGAGAACAUAUAGACAAAACAAUUGAGUCUAUUAGCGUAAAUUUAAAAGAAUUGGGCUUAAAAGGUGACAAUUAG